AUAAAAGUGCGGAGAGAUACAAGAAAAAUAUUUCAAGUCUAUAGCCAAAGGUUAAAAUGGCUGAAUCGAUCAUCAGAUAUAGGAGGAGCAGAAGUAGUGGUACUGGUUUGAUGAUAUUUACAUUUUCAAUUGCUUUAGAGUUUUUGUUAUUGGUUUCAGCAGCAGAAAUAUCAUCAAAUAGUAGUAGUCAUGAUUAUUAUGUACCUGCUGAUUACUUUCAUCAUCAAAGAAAUCUAUUAAGUGAGUCAGAGCAAUCUGGUUAUCGGCAUCAGUGGCCAGAAAUGAAAUUUGGUUGGAAAAUCAUAGUUGGUUCAAUAGUUGGAUUCAUUGGAGCAGCAUGCGGGAGCGUAGGAGGAGUGGGAGGAGGUGGGAUAUACGUUCCAAUGCUUACCUUAAUCAUUGGGUUUGAUGCAAAAUCUUCCGUUCCAUUAUCCAAGUGUAUGAUAACAGGCGCAGCUAUGUCAACAGUGUAUUACAACUUAAAGAGAAGGCAUCCAACACUUGACAUGCCAGUUAUUGACUAUAAUUUAACACUUCUUAUGCAACCUAUGCUCAUGCUUGGUAUCAGUUUUGGUGUCAUUCUCAGUGAGAUCUUUGCUGAUUGGAUGGUCACCAUUCUCCUUAUAAUUCUUUUCCUUGCCACUUCAACCAUGUCAUUCUUCAAAGGGGUUCAAAUGUGGAAAACGGAAUCCAAAUUAAAGAAGGCUGCCAGUUGCGUGGAGUCAAAUUGUGAUCAGUUGGGCAAGGAGGAUAAUCAUUUACCAUGUGAUGAAUUAAGCAAUAACACCCAAAAGGAGAUAAUACGAACUACGGUCCCCAUUCUUGAAAAUGUCUAUUGGAAGGAACUUGGACUUCUUGUUUUUGUAUGGGUUGCAUUCCUCAUAGUGCAGAUUCUUAAGAAUAAGACAACUACCUGUUCAACAAGUUACUGGAUACUAUCUGCAUUGCAGAUUCCUGUCUCAGUACUAGUGACAAUCUACGAGGCAGUUGGAUUGUACAAGGGAGAGAAAGUGAUUGCAUCUUUAGGAGAAAAGGGUGCAAAUUGGAGUGUCCAUAAACUAGUUUUCUUUGCACUUGUUGGCGUAUUUGCCGGUAUGGUUGGUGGGUUACUAGGUAUGGGUGGUGGAUUCAUUAUGGGUCCUCUCUUCUUGCAGCUUGGAAUUCCUCCACAGGUUUCAACCGCGACGGCUACUUUUGCCAUGACUUUUUCUUCAUCCAUGUCUGUUGUUGAGUACUAUCUUCUCAAGCGUUUUCCAGUCCCUUAUGCUCUCUACUUCCUAGGAGUGGCAACUCUAGCUGCAUUAGUUGGACAACAUGUAGUGAAAAAGAUUAUAUCGGUAUUAGGAAGAGCAUCUCUCAUCAUCUUCAUUCUCGUCUUCACGAUCUUCAUUAGCGCAAUCUUACUAGGUGGAGUUGGGAUAGCAAACAUGACCAAUACGAUCGAGCAUAACGAGUACAUGGGUUUUGAGGAUUUGUGCACAUGACUACAAUGUAAAUUGAUGGAGCUAAUUAAAGCCCCUUUCCAUUAUAAUAUUGUAUAUCCAUUCUUUGGUAGGCUGGUAGCAUGAAAUAACGAAAAAAUGGUUCUUAUAUAGGUAUGAAGUGACACAUUUUUUACUUAAUUAGCAUAUAGCUCUAACUCUAAGAUGUUAGUACAAUAAUUGUGGCGAACCGGGAAAUGACGACUUCGGCGCACAGCCGUGCGCAUCAUGACCUCCCAACGCGUCACUCUGAUUCUAGUGACCGGACCGAUAGAAUUUCUUUUGUGAAAACUACUGUGAGAUCCAUUUUGUCAGAUUUAUCCACUAUGAAAUUUAAGGACGUAAAAUUUCACGCGCGCAUCCAAUUUUUGGGAAAAAAUUACUCCAACACCCAUAGUUUCUGGAAUUCUCUUCUCAUUUAUUUAUUUGUCUGAAAAUUGAGAAAGAGAUGCACUGAGAUGGCGGCCAUGGAAUUCAGAGAAGAAAGAUCAGCAGAGAGUGGAAUUGAUGAUUUGAGAUGGAAGAAAUCGACUGCAAUUUCACUAUCAACAGCUUCUUCUUUAUUUGUUCUCUCUAACCCACGGCUAACACCCAUCUUCUGAUUCUCAAUAAUCUCUCAAUUUAUUCCAUCUGCUUUUGAUUUCGAAUAAAACCCACAGAUCCCCUUUUAAGCUUGUCUCAAUCCACCACAACAUCGAUUAAUCAUACUCAGAUCGAACCCAUCUCUGAUUCAGUUGCAGUGACAACCAACAAUAUCAAUCUCUUUCUUAACUCUUCAUCUCUCGAAUCAACAGCAAACCCUCAAUCUCGGCUAUUUCCAGUGAACCCAUCGUCAAUCUCUGCACCAAAGCUCAGAUCCCCUUUCUUCAAUUCUAAUUUCUCAAAUCAGUUCAACACAGACCAAUCUUGCCAUUGCUUCAUUCUUCCGUUCCUUGAUUUCCAUUCUCAGCUCUUCAACACCAGCGAACACCAUUAAUUCAUCAACCUAGCAAAAUUCCUGGAAGGAUCUCAGAUCAUAGUCCAGUAAAUAAGAGUUCUUCAAUUCCAUCACUUGCCGCAUCACCGUCUCGUAAGAUGUCAAAUGGAGUCGGCCCACCUCUUCACAAGAACGGGCGACAACCAGUCUCUACGGCAGGGAAGAAGAAAAGUAGUGGGUAUGGCAAGUAAAUACAUACUGGUUUAAAGAUGAUAAAAUAAGUCAUUUUUAGGUUUCAUUGUGGAUUUGGUAGAGAGAUAGGAGAGGAGGUUUUUUUGUCUUUUAAACGAUUAACACAACAAUACUCCAGUUGCUUGUACUAGUGUGGUGGUGCGGUAUCUCCUCAAGAGAGAAGUUGGCCAAUCUUUUUGGCUUGAUUUGUGCAUAUGAUUAGAGGAGCUCGAAUUUUCUUUUUGUUGUUUAUUUUGUCUAUAUCGAACUUCUUGCAUAUACAGAGAAGAAGAAAAAGAAAUACUAAAACAGUUGAAAAGAGGAGGAGCGCAUAAAAAGAAAUUGCAGUCGCAGAAGACUGAUGCUGUGGCUACAGAAAUUGCAGGUGGUACUGAUGAGGAUUGUUGAAGCUUAUGGCACUGUUUAGAUGAAUGUUAGGACUUGCAGGUGGAGUUAUGGUCGAAUUCUGAUGCUGCCGGUGAGAGUAUGAAAGCAGCAGGAAGAAGCGCAGCUAAGUUGCAAUGACAAUUGUGCAAGAAUGGUUAGUUUUGAGGUAUUGCAGCUGAGGUGGUGAUGCAGUGUGCAACUGGUAUUGGGUGGAUGUAUUGUGUGCAGUAUUGCGAAAAUGGAGGUGUGAAUAGUGAUGUAUAACAGGUUAUGCAUCUAUAAAAUUUGUUGCAUAACUUGUUAUGCAUUCUCGAAAUUGGCUGCAAAACACGUUCUUCAGCUUUUUUUUUUGCAUAACUUGUUAUGCAGUCCAGAAAACAGUUGCAUAACACAUUAUGCAGCUACUUUUUUCUUAGUAUUGAAACCAACAAAAAAUAAGGUUGCAUAAC